AUGGCCUCCCGCCGACGUGCGGCCAAGAAGGGUGUAUCCUUCUGCCUCAUGGUCGUCGGCGCUUCGGGUACAGGCAAGACCACCUUUGUCAACACUCUGUGCGAAUCCGAGGUCAUUGGCCACAAGGUCAGCGACAACCCUGAGACCGCCCACAUCGAAGAGGGCAUCCGCAUCAAGCCUGUAAACGUCGAGCUUGAGGAGGAUGGUAUGCGUAUCGGUCUCACCAUCGUAGACACGCCUGGUUUCGGUGACAAUAUUGACAAUGAAUAUGCAUUCUCGGAGAUCGUUGGCUUCCUUGAGCGACAGUACGAUGACAUCUUGGCGGAGGAGUCGCGAAUCAAGCGUAACCCUCGUUGGCGUGACAACCGUGUCCACGCCCUACUCUACUUUAUCACUCCUACCGGUCAUUCGUUGCGCGAGAUCGACAUCGAGCUUAUGCGUCGUCUCUCGCCACGUGUCAACGUCAUCCCCGUCAUCGGCAAGGCGGACUCGAUGACUCUCAGCGAGCGACAAGAGUUCAAGAAGCGAAUCAGGGAGGACAUUGAACACUACGGCAUCCCUGUCUACAACUUCCCUUACGAUGUCGAGGAGGACGACGAAGAGACGAUUGCCGACAACUCGGAGCUUCGCGGUCUUAUGCCUUUCGCGAUUGUUGGAUCCGAAGAGAACGUCAUUGUCAAUGGCGAGUCUGUCCGAGCACGCAAAUACCCCUGGGGUAUCGUCGAGGUUGACAACCCCAAACACUCUGACUUUGCUCGUCUCCGAUCGGCAUUGCUCAAUACACAUCUUACCGACCUUAAGGAGAUCACGCACGACUUCCUCUACGAGAACUACCGUACCGAGAAGCUCUCCAGGACUGUUCACAGCGACUACGCCGACACUUCGAUUCCUGGUGAAGAGUUGGCUAACCAGUCGGUCAGGUUGAAGGAGGAACAACUCAAGCGUGAAGAGGACAAGUUGAAGGAGAUCGAACUCAGAGUGCAGAGAGAGAUUCAGGAAAAGAGACAGGAGUUGUUGGCAAAGGAGGAGAGCUUGAGGAACUUGGAGUCUCGCUUGCAGGCUCAGAACAUUAAUGAGUAG